UCGGCACUAGGACCAUGGGGAAAUCUUUCUUUCCAGGCAGGAAUCUUUUGCCUGGACCUCAGACAAAGGCAGAGUGAGAUUGCCUUUCUUUCCUUCGGCAUCCCCACCCUUACUGCAUUUAGAGAACCGGUUUCACAAGAGAUAUUUCAUCAUCCAGCCUUUGCACUUAUCAGAAGACAUCAUUCCUUUUAGACAUGGAGCUAGAAUUCGGACACUUUGAUGAGAGGGACAAGGCCUCAAGAACCAACAAAGGUACACGAGUAAAUGGGCUGCCCAGCCCAACUCAUAGUGCUCAUUGCAGCUUUUACCGCACAAGGACUCUGCAGGCACUCACCACAGAAAAGAAAGCCAAGAAGGUUAGAUUCUACCGCAAUGGAGACCGCUACUUCAAGGGUAUUGUAUAUGCCAUCUCUCCUGACCGAUUUCGCUCAUUUGAUGCCUUACUUGCUGACUUGACUCGGUCGCUUUCAGACAACAUUAACUUGCCACAGGGGGUUCGCUACAUCUACACUAUUGAUGGGAAUAACAAAAUAACAAGCAUGGAUGAACUUGAGGAAGGUGAAAGUUACAUAUGCUCUUCAGACAACUUCUUCAAGAGACUGGACUAUACAAAGAAUGUCAACCCCAACUGGUCUGUCAAUGUCAAAGCAUCAGGCAACCACAAAGGUCCUCAGUCUCUAGGCAGUAGUAAACACAACAAUGACCUUAAAGAAUCCAAGGAUUUUGUUCGUCCAAAACUGGUGACCAUUAUACGAAGUGGUGUUAAGCCUCGUAAGGCAGUACGUGUCCUCCUGAAUAAGAAGACAGCACAUUCAUUUGAACAGGUCCUUACUGACAUCACUGAGGCCAUCAAACUUGAGACAGGAGUUGUCAAGAAACUUUAUACCCUUGAUGGUAAACAGGUGACCUGCCUUCAUGAUUUCUUUGGAGAUGAUGAUGUUUUUAUUGCUUGCGGGCCAGAAAAAUUCCGUUAUGCUCAAGAUGAUUUUUCCUUGGAUGAAAAUGACUUGCAUAGAUCUGCAGCUGUUCUCUUCUAUGAACCUUGUGGUACUGGAGCUGGUAGCAAAGGUCCUGUCCUCCAAGAAUGCCGGGUGGUGAAGGGAAACCCACCACCUACAAAAGGACCUUUACCUCCACAGAAGAACCCAUCCAAGAGUCCUGGCUCAAUUCGCCGCAGCAAGUCACCCUCUGAUUCUGCAAAUGGGACAUCCAGCAGCCAGAUUUCAACACCCAAGUCGAAGCAGUCGCCUAUUUCAACCCCUACCAGUCCAGGCAGCCUUCGCAAGCACAAGGUAGACUUGUACUUGCCUCUCUCACUUGAUGACUCUGAUUCUAUGGGUGACUCCAUGUGAAGGUCCUGCUCUACACAGAUACACAAGUGCAUUUCUGAUAUUACUGCCAAAAGCAGAGGUGUCCUUGGUGCGUUUUGCCUGCAAAAGAUCCAAGCUGCCAUAACAGAAACAGAGUUUUUUGAUUUGUACCACAUUUUUAAAGCUAUUCAACAGGGUUAUGAAAUUAGCACUACAGCACCAAACUAAGACCACAGCACAAGUAAUAUAAUCAGGGACCUUAUGUGGUAUUUGCAUUUUAUAUGCUAGAACUUUGUACUUUUCUUUUGCAGCUGCAUGUUUUUUAUUGACACAUAAAGUAGCAAAUUGAAGAAGAAAGUUCCAGAAGGAAUCUCCUAUCUUUUCGUCCCUUUCAGCAUUUCUUUUGAUGUUGCAGACCACUGUUUUAUUCUAGUGUCGUGUUAGUUAUGGAAUGAAGGAAGCAUGUGAAAGCUGGGGGACAUGUGGUUCUAGUUUUGAAUCUUUUAAGGACAACAUUUAUAUCCUCAGAAUUUCACUUGAUUUUAAAGAAAAAUGACACGUCAUAACUUCUAGCGCAUAUGAAGGACCAGUGCUGAGGAUUUUUUAAAUAUAGAAAAUAGAAAAAAAGUCCAGAAUGUGGUGAAACUAAACAGAAAUUGUGCCUCACCUUACUCUUGGUAGAGACUUAUGAACCAAAAGUGUAAAGCAUUUUUAAUGGUUAAUUUGUACAAACAUAUUAAGUAGUUUCAGCAAGGCAAAUAUUACUCAAAUAGAUGCUUUUGUCAUUUAAGAGAUUCCCACAUGUCAACCUAAAAGCAACACCGCCUGCUAACAGUAAGCAUAAGAACACUGUGAUAUAUUUUUCCUCACACUGGACCUCUCUGGGCUAUGUCGGAUUUUUAUGGUAAGCAACUUCCACAGAAUGGAAUUUCUGUAUGUAUUUUUUAAUGAUGUAACUCACAUUUUAAUGUUCUUAUAUUGCUGGUUGAUGCUUUCUCCUCAAUAAAAGGACUGAAACACU